CGCUCCUGGCCGGCUGUGUCCCAAAUUUGGAGUUUCACACGCUCACCGUCAACUUCAACUGUUCGUAUUUUAAAAUCAACACCUAUGGUUGUUAUGUAGCUUCCGUUGAAGGUGUUGUCGGCGAAUCUGAGGAGGAGAGAGCUUUUUCCAACGCCUACAACAUAAAUACAACAAUCCCAUUGUCAGUUGCAAAUUCAACGAGAUGGAGCUUUUUUAUUUCUUGUUCAACACCAGAUUGGUGGAAACUAUGACGAGUAGUAUGCGAGUGAAGAUGGAGUUUUGACAAUCUUUCGGAGCAACUCGGCGUGUUGGCGAGGGCGGGGUGGGGAGAACGAAAGAUGGCGCCUUGUGUGAGGUUUUCGGAUUUCGGAGUGCAUGAGGAGACUAAGAUUUUGACGAGUGGUUUAUUAUGAAUAAGUCGGAAUGUCUGGUUAGGGGGGCUUUUGGGCAGGAGUUCAGGAGGUGGUUCAGUGGAGUUCAACGACACAACCCCUCGCACUAUUGCUUGGAUUUGGUUAGGAGGAAUGAUUUCGAAAGUUACUUGUGCACUCUCUUGCUCCCAAAUGACUUGAGAGCGCCUGCAUUCGCAAUAAGAGCUUUCAAUGUUGAAAUCGCAUUAAUUCAGGAUCAAACAUCGGAGACAGCAAUCAGUGGCAUGAGAUACAACUUUUGGAGUGAUACUUUGAAGAAGAUCUACAGUGAUAAUCCACCCCAGGCACCUGUACCCUUAGAAUUACACAGAAUCUUGAAGACAUUCAAACUAUCCAAACAUUACUUCCAACGCCUGCUAGACGCAAGAUGGAAGAAGUGGCAGUCUGCAGACUUUCCAGACCUCGAGUCACUGGAAAAAUAUUCAGAGGACACUGUCUCUCCGAUUUAUUACCUUCUCCUCGAGGCGAGAGGAAUCAAAGACAUCAACAUCGAUCACAUAGCUAGUCACAUGGGAAAGUCCCAGGGAAUCACCACUUUACUGCGAUCUGCCCCACAUCAUGCCCAGAGGAGGGUCUGCGUCAUCCCUCAGGAUCUCUUGAUGAAGCAUGGAGUCCCCACCGAGUCUGUAUUCAGGGGAGAAAUGAGUAAAGAACUCAGUGAUGUCGUUUUUGAUGUUGCGUCACGAGCUCAUCAACAUCUGGAAAAAGCCAAGAACCUGAGGAAAAAUACGAAGAAAAACUUAUCAAGUAUUUUUCUGCCAGCUGUCAAUGUUGAGACGUAUCUCACAAAGCUGCAGAAACUCCAUUUCAAUAUUUACUCAUCUAGUCUUCAUAAAAAGGAGAAUAUGCUAGCUCUGCAGAUGUUGAAAGCGAAAUUAUUCUCUGCGUGGUGAAUGAGAACUCGUUUCCAAAUCGAAUCGAUUCAUGUGAUUUUAUCACUGUCCUACUGGGAAAUAAUCUCUGUAUAUAAACUAGAAUAAAAUGUAAUAUAUUGUUGUACAUUA